AUGAUCAGGUCAUCGGAGAUGGGAGGGAAGAAGGCGUCCAACUUCUCCCUCACCUGCAGCCUCCUCAGCCAGUACCUCAAGGAGAAGGGCAGCCUCGGGGACCUCGGCCUCGGCAUAUCUCGGCAUCACGUCGAAACCGGAGGUAGGAGCCAAUCUCGCCUCUCUCUCUCUCUCUAGCUAUCAUAGUUUUGAGGCAGGAGAGAUCGAUCUCGGUUUUGCUUUUUACCUUCGGCUCUGAUUGUUCUAGUAAAUUAGGUUUAUGGAACAUGAAUUUGCUCGGCCAUGGCGCGGACGCCGGAUCUUCUUCCUGUCAUUUUUUUAAUUUUAUCUGCUUAAAAAAGGCGAGAAAAUCCGGAAUCCUUUCGAAAACUACUCAAAAAGUGAGAAACAUCUAUUGCCUUGUUCUUCCUGAUCCGGAUCCGCGUUUUUCUUCAUUCAGAAUCGUUGCCUGAUGUGUCUCUGUUCGACUGAUGCAACUGUCUGAUCCACGACACCUCUUUGACAUUGUUCCUCUCUUGUUUUUCUCCAUUUUCUUUCUCCAGGUCAGCCGGAGACUCCGAGGACCAUGAAUCUGUUGCCUGGUAUAGAAGACGCCUCGCCGGUGAACAAGGACACCGUUUCUGACUGGGAGAAGAGGCCGAAACCCUCGAUGGUCCUCCCCCAGCGUUCCGGCUUCGGUUCCCUCCAGUCCGAAGGCAAGCCAGAACCCAACAGGUGAGCCUCCUCCGUUGCCAAACCGGGAGUAAACCAGAGAGCACGGGUAUCCCUCAUGAAGACGGUAAUUCUGAUAUUCCUGUUGAAAUUCUCGUCUGUUGCAGGGAGGAUCCGAGCUCCCAGUUGACGAUAUUCUACGGAGGGAAGGUGGUCGUCGUCGAGGAUUUCCCUGCCGACAUGGCCAGAGAAGUGAUGGCCAUGGCCUGCCGGGGCCCCUCCAACCCCACAAAGAUCAUCAACAUGGAGCAGCAAGCUACCACCGCAGGGAUGCUGCCUCAGCGCCCCAGAUACCCCUCCCCCGCCGCCGUCGUCUCCACUUCUUCCUCUGAGACCAAUCCGCCCGUUGCGGCCGCCGCCGCCCAGGAGGCCUCGCAGAAGCCAUCGCCGGCGGCGACCUCGGAUCUGCCCAUUGCACGGAGGGUCUCCCUGCACCGUUUCCUCGAGAAGAGAAAAGACAGGUCGGUAGCUCUUCUCUCCUCCACCAUAUCGAUCAUCCCCAAAUCGGUAAUUCAGAAGCCUCAUCCUCACCUCCUCCCUGUGGACGAUUCUCCAGGAUCAACGCCAAGGCCCCCUACCAACCUCACGGCUCGUCCUCUGCUCCGCCAUCGAAGGAGGAGCAAACCCGGCGGUGGCUCGGCCUGGGGCCGCAGGCCCCCGCCCCCGCCGCCGAGAGCCACCAGCGGUAG